ACUUUACACCGAAUCGGUUUUAACGCACGUUCAGCUCCUCUCGUGAUAGUUUUUCUUCAAAAAUGUUUCAAAAAAUGUUUCAAUCAGUUUUGCUAUUAAUCGUUUCCUGCCUAAUCAGUCAGUGCAUCAGCUCAAUAAGUCCUGGCCGAUGUCCGUACAUCGAACCAAUUGAACAUUUUGAAAUGCUAAAGUUUCUCGGCAGAUGGUAUGCGAUACAAGAGACAUCGACCAAAUCAUCGUGCAUGACCUAUGAUUUUCUGGAAGGCAGUCGAUCCGGCGAAUAUCUGUUGGAACAAUCGUCCGAAGGAUAUGUGAAGAGUCUCAAUGUUUCGUACAAAGUCAGCUAUGCUGGAAAGUUGACGGUUCCCGAUAGCAAUGCGUGUAACAAAAUGACAGUCACUUAUCCGUUGAUACGACUGAUGGGCACCAUAUUAUUCGAAGUGAUCACAACCGACUACGAAUCAUAUGCUGCCGUAACAACAUGUCAGAAUGUUUUAUGGAUGCUCAAACGGCAAACCACAACAUUUCUCUCACGCACGAAACACAUCAGCGAGGAGACAUUGGAAAAGAUGAAAUCCAAAGUGCAAAGCCAGAAAAUCAGCAAUCCGCUACUGAAAUCUGUUCGGCAUCUAUCGUGCCUGGCCGAUAACAGUCGCGAACUGUUCAAGAUAAAUUCGAAUCCAUCCGUUCGAGUGUAUGAAAGUGUGGCAAAUCCUGUGGAGGAUGUCGAGGAGAAUUUGAGAAAGGUUUACUUUAGCAGUGGUAGUGAUCCAGACUUGGAUUUCCUUAACAACAACGAUAUUGCAUCGAUUGUCGGAGGUGACUGAUGGCCGGGAAUGCCAGUAGCGGAAGAAUAUGUUUGGAAUACGGCGACAAAUGUGAUAUAUCAUCUAAAGCAUCAGCAUUUUGAAUUUAAGAGCAGAAAUUCUGAAUAAAAAGCAGUUCUUGUA